GUUAGGGGUAGACUAAUAACCAAAGGAUAGCUUAGCUUCGGUUUGUGAACUUGAGGUGAAGGCGGUGCAUUGCUCCGUUGCCUCAUGUGAAGUUUGCACUAUAGUCUGCAAAGCAGGUCAAACUGUUUUCAAGUCACCCACUACAUGUGAUGUCAUAUGUGCCCACAAUUUUUCGUGCCGGAUGUGCUCUUUGACCAUGCUUCUACUUGACAUGAAUCCUUUCCAGUUGGGCUUGCACAAAAAUAAUUUAGUAGACAUGCACACAUUUUCUGAUCUAUCCAUCGAUUGUGGCAGCGAGUCUGGGAACCAUUGUACUUGUGGGGCACAUGACAUGUCCAAUUCACGUCACUCUAACUGUUGAAUUCGUUGCUUACGCUGUAUGUACUUCACCUCGCUCCGAAGACCAAGCCACGUCACCAGAGUGCCAUGUCAGCAAGAGUGGCACAUCAGCAGAGUGCGAGGUAAGCAAGGUGUGCCAUGUCAGCAAGGUGCCGCGUACCGUGACAUCGAAGACGAAGCUGGGGCUAUGGCGCUACAGUUUGAUUACCACAGUCCACCAGUUUCAUGGGCACCUCAGAGAACGGCCACCACCGUUGCCCCGUGGCGUGGCGAGGUCCUUGCAGACUCCACCCGACAAACGCAAGAGUGCGAUACAAGCACUCCCAUCCAUGUGGACGCCUCACUUCCGUUGGAUAACACAACAUCCGGAUCGCGAGCUGCACCAACACCAUCAUCACAUGGAUUGAGGACCACCGUCACAACGUCUUUGUAUACACCGUGUGGAAUACGUGAAAGUGUAGAAAGUGCAGCAAUUGAUAUCAUCAGCGCCCGCACGCCAUGUGCGUCCGACUUGCCAUUGGGAGAUAUCCCAGCGGACGGUAGCCACGACUGCGACAUUGGGUCAUCGGGUGACACAUACGACGACGAACAUGCCGAAAUAGCCUCAUUGCGCAGAUAUAUGACCUUCAAGGAUUUGACAUUCGUUGGACAGAGAUCCCAGCAGCCUCCAGAGUUUUCAGACAGCAGACCGUCAACGACGAUCCCCGCACACGACAAGCGCGGUCGGAAGCGGAGACACACAGAAAAGCAACCGGCUUAUGAAUCCUCGGACCGUGAGGUGUUCUCAUCAGGCGAUAAUCUGACCAGUCCUGAUGGUGUGAUGUGGACCACACCUCCCACACAACAAGCACUCACAGGGGAUUUCAGACCGUUGAAAGUAGGAGGUCGUUAUGAGUCUAUGGAUGUGUUGCGUGACGCGGUGGUGUUCUGCGCUGUGGCAUCUGGUUUCGAGUUCCGCCUCAAGAGAUCGAACAAGAUGAGGUACUAUGCCACAUGUGCUCACCCAGAUUGCCCAUGGACAUUGGAGGGCAAAACAGCACAUGCUAAUGGACACACGGAGAUUGUUCGUCUGACUCCGCAUCGCCCUGGUUGUAGAAAAUCAGUCCAACCCGACCUUAAAUGCAACAAACACGCGAAGCUGAGGUGGGUGGAGCUUAUGGUUGAGAAGAAGUUGCUAGAGGACAGCGGAACGACUUCUACAAAGUUGAAGAAAUGGUUUGACAAGGCAGUGAAGUCCCACGUGAGCUACAACAAGUGUUUGCGAGCGAGGACGUAUGUGCUUCGGACACUGAAUGGGCCUCCGGAGGAGGGGUUCUGCAACUUGCGAAGGUACUGCAGGAUGUUGCAUGAAACAAACCCUGGGUCCAUCAUCGACCUUGAGUGCGAGGGCAACGUCUUCGUUCUCAUGUUUUUCACGUUGGCUGCUCCUGUGACUGGAUUCGCACAUUGCAGACCUUUGAUUGUGCUCGACAGGGCACACAUCAGAGGGAAAUACGAAGGAUGUCUUCUUGGCGCCACUGGUCAAGAUGCGAAUAGCCAAUGUUUCCCCCUGGCGUACGCGAUUGUGGAUGGCGAGAGGAAGACUCAUUGGAAGUGGUUUCUCGUCCUCCUAAAGCGCUUGUGUGCUGUACCGAAAAUGGACCACAAAAUCGUGACAAUAAUGUCAGACCGGGACAAAGGGCUCAUACCAGCGGUAAGUGAGGAGUUUGGGGAUGAGCGGCAUGCAUACUGUGUCCGCCAUGUUAGUGGGAACCUCUUGAAGAGCUUGAGGCUGAAAAAGGAACAGGCCGCGAUGCUCCUUGAAGCGGCGGGGGCGACUUGCGAGGAGGUUUUCAACUACUACAUGCAGCGGGGCGCUGGAUAUUCGAGGCACAAGAACAUUGCCAACCAAAUCUUUGACAAAGCGCACAAAAGGCAUUCGGGAGACCCUCAUUUCGUCCAUCUAAGCGCUGAACAACAGGAGAUGCCAACAGAACGUGGGGGCAGCGGAUUGAAGGGAGGCGUGGGGGUGGACGGUGGCGAGCAGACGGGUAGAAUAGAAGUCAUGGAAGAGAUGGGGAUGAAAGGGAUGGGAAGGGAAGGUGACGGGGGUACGGAUCUGCUCGAGGGUGAGGAAAUCAAGGGGUCGGCGGGACAGCGUCCGAGGACGAAGGCCUAUCGCCCGCAUCGGUACGUGGGCGAACUGGGGGACGGGUGGGGCUGGAGGGGGAUCGGCUCCGUCUCCGUCGCGCGGUACUUGAGGUGGCGGCUGCAGGGUCGCCAUCUUCGGGCUUCGGCGGCUCUGGAUCCCUGGUCGGAUCGCUACCGAUGCGCAGGCUAGCUUCGCUGGCGAACUCCAGCUGGCGCUUCCCGGUGGCAAUUUCCUCGCGCUUCCGCGCCGCUUCCGGAUCUUCCGCCUCCGUUCCCGUGUGUGUUGCUUCCUCUGGCAAGGCUUCCCACUCGGACCCGGUUCCUUCUUCUUCCUCUUCCUCCUCACUCAGUUCGCCCUCGCUAUGUUCACUAUAGCUUCCCUCCUCCGACGUUUCCUCGUCGUCGUCGUCUUCUUCUUCGUCGUCGUCGUCGUCGAUUACCACUUCCUCUGCCCUCGGAUAGAAGGCGUGAAUGAUGAUCUCGUACGGCUUCAGAUAGUCCUGCCGUGAUGGUAGCGUAUCCUCGUCCCUAGGUUCCUCCAAGAACGCAGUCCACUGAAGGUACGGAUCCAAUGAUCACUCGAAAAUGUAUGGAGCAGGAUUGUCGUCACUCUGAAAUAGAUGUCAGGCGAGAGAUCGUCCGCCAAUUGCACGAUCGGUGCGAUAAGCUCUUGCGCAAUCAAGUGGCACUGACCCG